AUGGCGCUGUCGAGGCGCCAUCGCCGCCUGAUCACCGGCGAGGAGUUCCGCCGCCUCCACUGCCGCCACGGCGCGCCCCUGCCGCGCCCGCACGUCGCCUACGUCGCCACCGCGGACGUCGUCGCCCACCGCGACACCGCCGGCCGCGUCGACUCCCUCGAGAGAUGGGCGCACCAGCGAGCCGCCCGCGGCUUCUCGACCGGGGCCUUCGCCUCGCAGUCGAGCUACGACGCGGCGCCGCACCGCUCGUUGAGUUACCAUGGCUUCCACGUCGCCGGCGCCGCCGCCGCUGCCGGCCGUCGAGGCGGUACCAACCCGAUGCGAGCGCUCGCCGGCCAGAAGUACGACAACCACAAGUACGUCGGCACGUGCAACGGCGUCGUACUCCUCGCCGACAAGGAGCCCUCCGUCGGCUUCCUCCUGAACCCGGCUAUCGCCGACGGCGAGAGGAAAGUCUCCGUCGUCCCUUCCUCGCCGGACAAUGACACGAAGUAUCACAUCUCGGGCUUCGGCUACGGCCCAAGGACAAGAACCUACAAGCUACUGCUUUGCAAGCACAAGAGCGUCGCCAACUUCAAAAGACUCAGCAAUGGCGGCAUAGCACGCGUUCCCGGUGCACCUUACUACCUAUGGCGAGCUGACGAGUUGGUUGUUUACUCGCUCGGCGGCGGCGCGGCGGAGCAGCCGCGAACGGUGCUCGCCGGGCUGGACGGCGACAUGAUCCACUGCCGCUCGCUUUACAUGGACGGCACGGUGUACCUCCUCAACGCCGACAAGGAGACGGUCCUCGCCUUCGACGUCGACGACGAGACCAUCGCCUCCAUCGCCUUGCCCGGCGAGCGCGUCGCCGGUGGCAAGCCGCGGUCGCACCUCAAAUCGUAUCUCAUGGAGAUGUCCGGGCGCGUGUGCGUGGCGACUGUCGACGACGGCGACAGGGAAACCAACGCCGUGUGGCUGCUCAUCACGACCGAACGCCGGUGGGAGCGGCGGUGCGCGUUCCGCAACGACUGGUACUGGCCGGCGACGGUCGCCGGCGUCUGGGACUGCGGCGGCGCGCUGCUCAUCGCCCUGCAGGCCCACGACGAGAGCUCCAUCUUCCUCUACGACGACGCGACGGGGGAGGUGUUCCACCUGAACUCGCCGCCUCACGCGUCGCCGGAGAAGAGCGACUACCGAAUCUGCUGGGGCUACAAGCCGACGCUCGUGUCGCCGGCGAGCAUCGCGGGCGAGGCGAGCCAGGACGAGCGGCGGCGCCGCGACGUGGCGGCGGAUGUGCUCGCCGCCGUGAAGCCCGUGAGCGAGGCGCACGAGCGGAAAGGUCAGAAAGCGACCCUGCACACCGUCUGCUUCAUGGAGUUCUUGGUCGGCGUCAUGCGGAAGCUCCCCAGCGAGUUGCACCACGGUAUCGCGGAUUUAGAUCAGUUUUACUGAUCCCUUUUACUGUGUUUGCAAUCCUGAGUCACCAACCCCUCUUCGUUGUAUUCCGCGCGCACGCUUUUCAAACUGCUAAACGGUGCGUUUUUCGUAAAAAGUUUCUAUAUGAAAGUUACUUAAAAAAAAAUCAUGUUGAUCCAUUUUUUUAAAAAAAAAUAGUUAAUACUUAAUUAAUCACGCGCUAAUGGACCGUUCUGUUUUCCAUACACGCUAUGCACAUUGGGAACCUAGGAUUGCAAACACACCUACAUGUUUUGCUGCAAAAUUUGAAGUUGAUACUUGAUUCGGGCUCCUUUUGGAAAUGUUUGGAAUUCAGUAGGGAUCACAUGUACUCCCUCUGUCCCAAAAAAAGGCAAAACCUGGGUUUCCAUGUCCAACUUUAACUGUCCGUUUUAUAUAAAAAAUUUUUAUAAUUCGUAUUUUCAUUGUUGUUAGAUGAUAAAACAUGAUUAGUAUUUUAUGCGUGACUUGUCUUUUUAAUAUUUUUUAUAAUUUUUUUAAAUAAGACGGACGGUAAAACUCUAGACACAGAAACCAUGGUUUGUCUUUUUUUUUUUUGGACGGAGGGAGUAAUAAAGUAGAGUUCAUUUCCUGUAGGAACCAGAGAAAUUCUCUGGUUCUGAAUUAGUACCUCUUAAAUUCCCUGUUCUGAAUUACCUUUAUUGUUCAUUUGAACCUUAGCAGGCAUAAUAAAACCGAAUAUGCAC